CCAUAGAGGAAAAAGAAAAAAAUUGACACUCUCUAUUCUACCCUUCCCACAAACGAUCCUGGAGUAGAGAAUUUGAAAUGGGGGAAUGAUUUUUUCCUCUUUGUGAUUAUAUGUUUUUAAUUUAAAAAGAUACAACAAAUGUACUUAGUGUGAUUGGUUAUGAUCUUUGCUUUUCAUUAUAGUGGUCAUGGUUUGAAUCCUAGUAAAUGUCUUUUUAAUGAAUAAAAAAGGUAAUUGUGAAGACUGGAAAUUUGAAAUGAGGCUUUAAGUUUUCUCAUUUGACUUUUAAUUAUUGUGUAAAUUAGUUUAUAGUUGCUAUUUUUAAAUUCAUACUUUCCACCAUCAAAUUUAAUAAAAUAUAAUGAACGAUGAUGAUAACUUUUAUGGAGUUAGCAAUCUAACUCGUCCCGUUAAAAAUCCAUCUUCAUCAUCGUAGUUGUCGGCCGGCCAUCAUCACCACCGCCUUCGGCGCUGCAACUCACCUCGCUCUUCUUUAAACGAAAAAAAAAAUCUGGAUCUCGACUCCUGCCGUCAGUCCAAAUCACCAUCGCCAUAACCGUCAUUGUUGCCGCUAGGCCAUCCCCUCGUUCACCGACAUCGAGUAGCAGUUGCCAGCCGGAGAAUUUGUCAGAGUUCAAAUUAUUUCCAGCGGCUGCUUGGCGAUUGAAUACACCGAGUGAGAUGAAGAAAAUGGGUCCGAAGAAAACAAUAGAUUAAUCUAUUGUUUUGCUAGUAUUGGGCCUUGAGUUGAUAAUGGUGAUCGAUCAAUUGAAGAUGAAAGUAUGUGAGGAAUGCAAAGGAGAUGGCGGCACCACAGAAGGCAUCAUUUUUACCAGAAUCCCUCAUCACAAUUUCCCAUCCAAAGGACUAUUCAAUUCAAUAUAUUCGUACUAUGAAUUGUGGUGAUAGGAUAGCAUGGAAAUUCUAGUUGUUAGCUGGGUUGGAGAGAAUGGGAUACCCAUAGUUUUGAGCAGAGGCGUGGCGACAGAACAAGGAAGCAAGCAAGAGGAGAGGGUUUAUGGAGGGAAGGGCAGUAUUUUUUGUAAGGUCCAACGCAUAGCUCGGUAGCAUCAGUUAAAAAGAGCAUUUAGUUUUAUGGUUUAUGCUCUUAUUACAGCAUUUUAGUUUCAACUGUGGAGAUCUGUUUUCCUGUCGUCCUCUCUCAUCCCAUUCCCAUUCCCAUUCCCAUUCCCAUUCUCAUCCAUCCCUAAACUUUAAACCAAACUCCUUUCUGCUGCUGCUGCUUCUUCUUCUUCUUCUUUGCCCUUUUGGGGUUGUUGACGAGACGACCAAACCAAACACACCCAAAACGUCACACUCUCUCUCUCUCUUCCAUUCCACACCACCUUCUUCAUCCCCUGCACGUCUUGGCCGCCCACUUACGUGCUUGCACAUUUCCUAAAGCUAUCUUCAAUCGCCGAUCGACGGCCAUGCCUUUAUCACCUUCAUUGUCAUCACCAUCGCCAUUGCUUCCUUCCUGCUAAACAUUUUUCUCCCGCAAAAAGGGCAGCAAUGGGAGGAGGAGAGAAUCCCAAACGGCGACGAGUCUGCUCCUCUCUCCUUUCAUCUCUCUUCAUUCUCGUCACAAUUUCAAUCCUAAUAACCUCCACUGUUUCUGCCGACGAUGACAGCAGCAGCGCUUCUCCUUCCGCUGCGCCCGCGGCAGCGACCACUUCAGGCCCUAUUUCAUACACGCCCCCUGACAGCUACCUCCUCAAUUGCGGAUCGCCUCACGACACCAAACUCGACGAUGGCCGGACUUUCCAAUCCGAUUCCGCCACCGCGGCCUACCUCCAGACCAGUGAAGAGGUCAAAGUGUCUGUUGAUUCCAUCCCUUCCUCUGUUCUUGGCUCUGCUUCUUCCGCCAUCUCGCCUUCCGCACUCCCUCUGUUUCGCAGCGCCAGGAUCUUCACUUCCGUGUCCAAAUUCACGCUCCCAAUCACUCGGCCGGGGAGGCAUUGGCUUCGCCUCUACUUCUACCCUCUCCCUAACCCUCACUGCACUCCUUCCACUGCCGUCUUCAGCGUCGCCACCGCCACUUCCCUCCUCCUGCACGACUUCUCCGUCGAGGAAAACUCCCCGCCCGUCUUCAAGGAGUAUCUCCUCGACGUCACGGCCGACCAAUUCGCCCUCUUCUUCAAUCCCAGAACCUCCUGCGCAUUCCUCAACGCCCUGGAGCUCGUCUCUGUUCCCGACGGGCUUAUCCCCGACGAAGCGUCCCCGGUCCCCGGUGCUGCUUUCAAGGGUUUGUCCAAGUUCGCGUUUCAGGUUUCUUACAGGCUGAAUGUUGGAGGGCCGAUCAUAACCCCGGCCGAUGACGCAUUGACGAGGACAUGGACGGUAGAUACUCCGUACAAUGAUUUCCCUCAAGGAGCCAAGAACGUCUCUGUAUCCCCGGACACCAUCAAGUUCCCCAUGUCCUCCGGACCUGCAGCAGCGACCCCUUACAUUGCGCCCAGCCUGGUCUACGCCACUGCAGAUCAAAUGGCGGAUUCAGAGACCCAAACCCAGAAUUUCAACUUGACAUGGAAGGUACCUGCUGAUUCGGGAUUCUCCUACCUAAUCAGGCUCCAUUUCUGUGACAUUGUGAGCAAGUCUCUCGACAGCUUGUACUUCAACGUCUACAUCAACGGAUUCACCGCGGGCGACUCCCCCGUGGACCUCUCCUCCAUCGACCGUGCCCUCUCCACGGCGUACUACAAGGAUUUCGUGGUCAGCGGCCCUUCCAUCUCCAACGAUUCCUUCUUGAUUCAAGUGGGUCCGGACACCCAGAUGCAGUCGGGCACAAUGAAUGCGAUUCUCAACGGGAUCGAGGUGAUGAAGAUGAGCCGCACCGACGGCAGUCUGGAUGGCAUUGUUGGCGUUGGUGGGUUCAUGGGCAGAGGAGCCUUGAAGGUGAUUACUGGGAUUGGAUUGGGAAUGGCCGUCACUGGUUUGCUUUUGCUUGGUUUGAUCAUGGUGAGGUGGCACAACAGGCCUAAAGGUUGGGAGAAGCGGAAAAGCUUCUCAUCGUGGCUCCUUCCACUCCACGGGAGCACCCAGUUCUCGGUUUCCAGUAGCAAGAGCAGUUCCAGGAAAUCCAGCACCAGCUUCUUCAGCUCCAGAAAAUCAAAAAGUUACUCCUCGCCUCAUUUCUCCAAUCCCGCUCUCGGCAGGUACUUCAGCUUCGCGGAGUUACAGACCGCGACUCAGAACUUCGACGAAGCUGCAAUCCUCGGUGUAGGCGGGUUCGGGAAAGUGUACCUCGGAGUUUUGGAGGACGGCACCAAAGUGGCCAUAAAACGAGGGAUUCCGGGUUCGGAGCAAGGAAUAAACGAGUUCCAGACGGAGAUACAACUGCUGUCCAAGCUCCGACACCGCCAUUUGGUUUCCCUAAUCGGAUUCUCGGAUGAGCAGUCAGAGAUGAUUCUGGUAUACGAGUACAUGGCCAACGGCCCACUUCGCGACCAUCUCUACGGAAAGGCGAAACAGGGGACUAUGUCUUGGAAGCAGCGGCUGGAGAUCUGCAUUGGAUCCGCCAGAGGGCUGCAUUACUUGCACACGGGAGCAUCGGAAGCCAUAAUCCAUCGCGACGUGAAGACCACAAACAUUUUACUGGACGAGAAGCUGGUGGCGAAAGUGGCCGAUUUCGGGCUCUCCAAGGCUGCUCCUACGGAUAGAGGGCCCGUCAGCACGGCUGUGAAGGGGAGCUUUGGGUACCUUGAUCCCGAGUACUUCAGGAGGCAGCAGCUGACUGAUAAAUCGGAUGUGUAUUCGUUUGGGGUGCUUCUGUUCGAGGUUCUAUGCGCGAGGCCGGUGAUAUGUCCGACGUUGCCUAGGGAGCAAGUGAACUUAGCCGAGUGGGCUAUGCGGUGCUACAACAAGGGGACGCUUGAGGGGAUCAUUGAUAAGGAGAUUAAGGAGAGCAUACACUCAGAAUCGUUGAACAAGUUCGUCGAGGCCGCCGAGAAGUGUUUGGCCGAGUAUGGUGUGGAUAGGCCGGCAAUGGGAGAUGUGCUGUGGAACUUGGAGUAUGCUCUGCAGUUGCAGGAUGCUGCUGGUGUUGAUCCUGCUGACGAGAGGAGUACAGUGAAUUUGAUUGCUUUUGAGAGUGGUGGUGGGAAGGGUAGCGAUGAUGUGGAGAAGGGAGAGUGUGGCGCUCAAGUUGGUGGGGUUGAUGAUUCUCAAGUGAUUGAAUCCUCCACAAUCAUUUCCCAUUUUGGGAAUGUUCAAGGAAGGUAACUGUGUUGUGAUUAAGUGGAAGACUUAAUUUGUUCAAAAUCUGAUUCUAAUUUGUUUAGAUUUUUACCCUUUCAACAGUUCUUUUUUCUCGUAGUUUGUUUACUUUUUUCAUCGCUAAUUCAUUUGGUGUUGUACUUAGUUUGUUUUAGUAGUUGAGUUCAUAAUGAUAUUGUACCAUGUGUUAAUGUUGUCGCUAGCACUUACUUCCUCAAACUCUAGCUAUGUAAAUCUCUGAAAUUUCAGUCCCCUUGAACAUAGAGUUAAUGUUUAAAGCAAAAUAGUUGCACAGCUUUGUAUGUUUGUUAUAUUCUUUAUUUUCGUGAAAAAUAUUGGGUCAAACGAUGAACACAUAAUCAAUAGAUUUAGAAGAUUAUC